UGUUUCGAGGGAGAAGCACUGCUCUCUAGACCGCAUGUGCAGCCUUGCGCGAGUAAUUGAACAGCCAUUUCCACUGGCAAUGCGCAGACUAGCGCAGGGAAUAGCCUACAGAUAAAUAUGGACGCCGUCCCAACAGCUCUGCUCCUCAAGGGCACGGCGGCUCCAACUGUGCGACAAGAUGGUGCUCUCUAAGUCUUGCCUUCUCGCCACGGCCUUAACUUCGCUUGUCUCCAUUGCAUAUGGGCAAUCAUCCAGCGUCUCAUCGUUAGAACCAGCCGCGACGAUUGUUCCUGAAGACUCGGCAGCUGGAGCUCCGUUGCUGGAGGGCGAACGAAUUCAAUUGACCGAAGCCGUGGUGGAGCGCCUGGAGAAGGAUAAGACGACUGCGGAAAUUGCAGAUCUUUUUGCCUUCGGCACAGAAGGAACGGUACAGAAGCGGGGUUCCGCUCGGUGCAAGACGUAUCCAGGAGACGCACGCUGGCCAGCAGACUGGAUUUGGGAUGUCUUCAAUCUGCUUUUGGGAGGCAGUUUGAUUCCCACAGUGCCCAUUUCUGCACCUUGCUACGACUCGCAAUGGGGACGCAAGGACCCUGCGAAGUGCAACGACAUUGUGAGCAGGUUUACCAAGGCAGCGACACAUGAGGAUCAUCCAACCUCGAUAAUGUGGCCCCUAUUCCAAGGCCGAACCUGCAUGGCUCGCAACGACACAACGCCAGCGGACAAGUGUUCCAUUGGCGGGUACCCAGCAUACGCUGUCAACGUCACCAACGUAGCUCAGAUUCAGCUAGCGGUAAACUUUGCACGAGCAACCAACAUUCGUCUCGUUGUGAAAAACACGGGCCACGACUACCUUGGAAAAUCCACCGGUGCCGGUUCCCUCUCAAUCUGGACGCAUAACCUCAAAAAGAUUGAAUACCUUCCCAAUUACAAAUCCAAGAGCUACACCGGCAAAGCCUUCAAAGUCGGGGCUGGAGUGACCGUCCAGGAGAUCUACGUUGCAGCUGAAGCCCAAAACACCACGGUUCAGGGCGGCAUCUGCGAGAGCGUCGGGUUUGCGGGCGGAUACCUUCAAGGCGGAGGACAUAACCCCUUAUCAGGUCUCUACGGCAUGGCCGCCGACUCCGUCCUCGCCUUUCAGGUGGUUCUCGCCUCAGGCCAAUUUGUCACGGCGUCGGAAACCUCGUACCCUGACCUCUUUUGGGCGCUCCGCGGCGGUGGGCCUGGGACUUACGGCAUUGUGACUUCUGUCAUUGUAAAGGCUCACCCGAACACUGAUGCUACACUAUCGACGUUUGUUCUAGGUAACAGCACCGAUGGGAAGCAAAUCGUCUCGCGCGAGAACUUCUUCAAGGGUGUGCGCAAGUACUGGGAGCUUUUCCCCACGUACACCGACGCAGGAACCUACUCCUUCUUCUUCAUUUUCAACCGCGAUGGCCAACUUACGCUCGACAUGAAAGCUUUCUUCGCCCCGGGCUACACCAAGGAGGCCUUCCAGAACCUAACUUCCUCGUGGAUGCAAACGAUCCAAGAAUUGGGCAUCCCCUUCCAAGUCCCACAGAAGACCAAUUAUUACCCGUCCUUCUUCCCCGCCUACUGGGACGCCUGGGGCAAGAGCGCCUUCCCCCUCGGAACCGCCACUUCGCUACCCGGCAACCGUCUCAUUCCCAAAUCUCACUGGACCGAUCCGAAGAAGCUGGAAACGACCUGGCAGACGCUCCGCACCCAUGUUGAGAGUGGACGCCACUUUGGCGUCUAUCACCAGAGCCCUGGGAACAAGCAGAAUGUCGACAAUAGCGUUUCGUCCGCCUGGCGUGCCGCGCAGGCCUUCUUCAUCACUGCCUCGCCUACUUUCCUGCCCAAUGCUACGGCGGCGGAGGUUCGGGCUGCGAAUGAUAAUCUGCACAAGGUGAUUCUUGACCCGUGGCGGAAGAUUACGCCGGCGUCGGAGGGGGGUGGAAGUUACUUGAACGAGGCGGCUGUUGAUGAGCCCAAUUGGAAGGAGGAUUUCUAUGGGGAGCAGUAUCCGCGGUUGGCGCAGAUUAAGAAGAAGUAUGAUCCUACGGGGUUGUUUUAUGUUACGACGGGAGUGGGGAGUGAUGCUUGGGUGGUUGAGGAUGGAGAGCAGGGUGUUACCACCCAGUUUGGGAAGCUGUGUAGGGUAUAGAAGAAGGCGACUUGACUGAAGAGUGGGAAUGUAUAAUGAUGGGGACACUGAGAAAUAGUAUAUGCAAGCAUCCCAGCCCGUGAAUAAUAUCAACCUCAAGAAGUGUGUGCAGUCGCCAAUCCAGUAGCCCUCGCAGACGAGAAGAAAAGGAA